CGCCGGAGGUGUCGUUGGUGACUUGCGCGGCGGCGGCGUCUGGGAGGAAAGCGGGGCCUGCUCGGGAGCGAUACCGCGAUGUCGAUCGAAAUCGAGUCUUCCGAUGUGAUCCGUCUUAUCAUGCAGUACUUGAAGGAGAACAGUUUACAUCGGGCCUUGGCUACCUUACAAGAGGAGACUACCGUCUCUCUGAAUACAGUGGACAGCAUUGAGAGUUUUGUGGCAGACAUUAAUAGUGGCCAUUGGGAUACUGUUUUACAAGCUAUACAGUCUCUGAAAUUGCCAGACAAAACCCUUAUUGACCUCUAUGAACAGGUUGUUCUGGAAUUGAUAGAACUCCGAGAAUUGGGUGCUGCCAGAUCACUUUUGAGACAGACUGACCCCAUGAUUAUGUUAAAGCAAACACAGCCAGAGCGGUAUAUUCAUCUGGAGAACCUCUUGGCCAGGUCUUAUUUUGAUCCUCGUGAGGCAUACCCAGAUGGAAGUAGCAAAGAGAAAAGAAGAGCAGCUAUUGCCCAAGCCUUAGCCGGGGAAGUCAGUGUGGUACCUCCAUCUCGUCUCAUGGCAUUGCUCGGACAGGCGCUGAAGUGGCAACAGCACCAAGGAUUGCUUCCUCCUGGUAUGACCAUAGAUUUGUUUCGAGGUAAAGCAGCUGUCAAAGACGUGGAAGAAGAAAAGUUUCCUACACAGCUGAGCAGGCAUAUUAAGUUUGGUCAGAAAUCACAUGUGGAAUGUGCUAGAUUUUCUCCAGAUGGUCAAUAUCUGGUCACUGGGUCUGUUGAUGGAUUUAUUGAAGUAUGGAACUUUACUACUGGAAAAAUCAGGAAGGAUCUUAAAUACCAGGCACAGGAUAACUUCAUGAUGAUGGAUGACGCUGUCCUCUGCAUGUGUUUUAGCAGAGAUACAGAAAUGUUAGCAACUGGGGCCCAAGAUGGAAAAAUCAAGGUGUGGAAGAUUCAGAGUGGACAGUGUUUAAGGAGGUUUGAAAGGGCACACAGUAAAGGUGUCACCUGUCUAAGCUUUUCCAAAGAUAGCAGUCAGAUCCUUAGUGCCUCUUUCGAUCAGACAAUCAGAAUUCAUGGUUUAAAAUCUGGGAAAACCCUGAAGGAAUUUCGUGGUCAUUCCUCUUUUGUUAAUGAAGCAACAUUUACACAAGAUGGACACUAUAUUAUCAGUGCUUCCUCUGAUGGCACUGUAAAGAUCUGGAAUAUGAAGACAACAGAAUGCUCAAAUACCUUUAAGUCCUUGGGCAGCACUGCAGGGACAGACAUUACUGUCAACAGUGUGAUCCUGCUUCCUAAAAACCCAGAACACUUUGUGGUGUGCAACCGAUCAAACACUGUGGUCAUCAUGAACAUGCAAGGCCAGAUUGUCAGAAGCUUCAGCUCUGGUAAAAGAGAAGGUGGUGACUUUGUUUGCUGUGCUCUCUCUCCUCGUGGUGAAUGGAUUUACUGUGUGGGGGAAGACUUUGUGCUCUACUGCUUUAGCACAGUCACUGGCAAGCUGGAGAGAACUUUGACAGUUCACGAGAAGGAUGUGAUUGGUAUUGCACAUCAUCCUCAUCAGAAUUUGAUUGCUACCUACAGUGAAGAUGGACUCUUAAAGCUCUGGAAACCCUAAUUCACCUUUUAAAAAUCUAGCUUGAAGCAUGUACUUAGAAGACAUACUUAUGUGUUUGUUUUUUUCAGGUCAACUUUCUAAAAAAAAGAAAAAAGAAAAAGUAUCCCAUUUAGCCAAGCAUAAUUACAGUCUUAAAAAGUUACUUUUAAAAAUAUAUUUUUAAGAUUUUAGUUUUUCUGCUUAUAACUAUGGCAGACAUAUUACUGAUAUUUCUAGGAAAAAAAGAUGGACUUCUUUGAUUAUCUAAAAUCCUGAUUGCAAUUUACUUCCCAUCAUAAAACUUGUAAAUACCCCAGUAUUCAGUAGCUGUUUUUUAAGAUGUUAAUAAAGCACACAUUUCUGGAUACUUUGUAAAUAAUAUUCAUCUCGUCAGUAUGUUUACUAAAAAUGGUGAGAGAACUCAUUAUCAUCAAGUCCUGAGUUCACAUUGAUAGCAGUUGGAUUGACUGACAUAAAAACUAUCAUAAUCUCAUGGUACUGUCUUUUUUGCUCAUUUUGAGCUGUGCCUUCACCUAUGUUCAGUCUAACUUCAGGGAAUAUAGUCCCCCAUCUUCUGGUUGGAAAUAGUUGCAGGAUCAGUUGAGACCAGUUUUGGCAUCAUCUGUCAUGUGGAGGAGGGUUUGGCAUUGAAAAUGAAUUGCUGUUACUAGAUAAGCACUAUACCUCUUGAGCUACGCCCCCAGCCCAAUAUGCUGUUCUGAAAAAUUAGACAAGAACCUGAGAUUUAAGUCUUUUGUAAUGAUCAUAGUCAUCAGCUAAAAACAUUUCAAAGAUAAUAAAACUCUUAAAUACUUUGCA